AUGUGUGCUACGGUGCGAAGUAUCAGAGCAGUGCUCUUUCAGCAGGGUGAAAGGGGUCCCAGUGGAAAGCAGGGUGAAAGGGGUCCCAGUGGAAAGCAGGGUGAAAGGGGUCCCAGUGGAAAGCAGGGUGAAAGGGGUCCCAGUGGAAAGCAGGGUGAAAGGGGUCCCAGUGGAAAGCAGGGUGAAAGGGGUCCCAGUGGAAAGCAGGGUGAAAGGGGUCCCAGUGGAAAGCAGGGUGAAAGGGGUCCCAGUGGAAAGCAGGGUGAAAGGGGUCCCAGUGGAAAGCAGGGUGAAAGGGGUCCCAGUGGAAAGCAGGGUGAAAGGGGUCCCAGUGGAAAGCAGGGUGAAAGGGGUCCCAGUGGAAAGCAGGGUGAAAGGGGUCCCAGUGGAAAGCAGGGUGAAAGGGGUCCCAGUGGAAAGCAGGGUGAAAGGGGUCCCAGUGGAAAGCAGGGUGAAAGGGGUCCCAGUGGAAAGCAGGGUGAAAGGGGUCCCAGUGGAAAGCAGGGUGAAAGGGGUCCCAGUGGAAAGCAGGGUGAAAGGGGUCCCAGUGGAAAGCAGGGUGAAAGGGGUCCCAGUGGAAAGCAGGGUGAAAGGGGUCCCAGUGGAAAGCAGGGUGAAAGGGGUCCCAGUGGAAAGCAGGGUGAAAGGGGUCCCAGUGGAAAGCAGGGUGAAAGGGGUCCCAGUGGAAAGCAGGGUGAAAGGGGUCCCAGUGGAAAGCAGGGUGAAAGGGGUCCCAGUGGAAAGCAGGGUGAAAGGGGUCCCAGUGGAAAGCAGGGUGAAAGGGGUCCCAGUGGAAAGCAGGGUGAAAGGGGUCCCAGUGGAAAGCAGGGUGAAAGGGGUCCCAGUGGAAAGAGUGAUGUAGUGUUGAUACUGUUGUUGUAUUAG